UUUAGUCAUUUUAGUGCCAACAAAUUUGAAUUGAAAUUAGCAGGGUUUAGGGUUUCAAAUUUAUUUAUUUUAUUAUUGGGAUUCGAUACUGGUUCGAGUUCCAGUUCGAAAACUUGGGGCAGAUCAUAAUCCUAGAAAAUCCCAAUCCCAAAUCAAUUAACCUAGAAAUCUUUUGUUUCUACUCUGUAAUCUGUAGCUGUACCGUAUCCUUCAAUCUCAGAUUAUCUAAAUCUUCUCGCACCAAACAUUACAAAGAAAGAGUUCUCCCAUUCACUCUCCUCCGGUCCUCCCAUAGACAAAUUUUCCUCUCACAGUAAUAGAAUGAGCACCACAGUACACAGAACUCCCAAAUCUGGGAGGCAGUCAUUGUUUUUCCAAGAUUUGGCUUCACCUAUUUCAGCCCGGAGAGGAAAAUUUUCAAGUUCAGGCCAGGCAGCUGCUGUAUCCGCUUUAUGGCGUGAAAAUUUUGGAGGCUCUGAUCUUCCACCACCUCCAGUUUUCACCUUGGAAGACCGCUCUGAUUUUUCUCCUGAAUCUGGAAUCCCUGAUUAUCCUGUUUCUCCUGAAGUCAGAUCAGAUCCCAGAUCUCCUGGCCAAAGUUCUAGUUAUGAGUUUCUAACUCCAGCAAAAAACAAAUCAGAGGCAAGCACUUCUGGUGCUUUGAUGAGUGCACAACAAAACCAACAGGGUUCGGCCGGUUUUAGUUGGUGGUCACCCUCAAAGAGUGGUAGUGAGCAAGAUGAAAAGGGAAAGAGUUCACCUGUUGAGGGUGUUGUCCAGCCUGGUGCUUUGAUCACACUUCCACCCCCUAGGGAAGUUGCAAGGCCAGAGAUGCAGAGAAAUACUCUGACAACUGGGAACCUCAAUGAAGAAGAAUGGGUUACUGUUUACGGAUUUUCUCCAGCCGACACAAAUUUUGUUCUUAGGGAGUUUGAGAAAUGUGGCGUGAUCUUGAAACAUGUUCCUGGUCCUAGAGAUGCUAACUGGAUGCACAUCCUAUAUCAGAACCGUUCUGAUGCUCAGAAGGCACUCAGCAAGAAUGGAAUGCAAAUUAAUGGGAUACUAAUAGUAGGUGUUAAGCCGUUGGAUCCAAUGCAGCGCCAGGCUUUGACUGAUAGACUCAACACCCAGGGAUUUAUGACUCUACCGCCUCAGUCAUCUAUCAAAUCUGCAGAACUAAAUGCAUCCGGCAACCCUCCCAGGCCUUACUAUCUACAGAAUGGUCAUACCAGUGUACGGCAGAAUGGAGGCGCCAUUGCUUCCCCAACAAAAUCAUUGGCAUCCAAAAUCAUGGAUUUGAUGUUUGGAGUGUAGCUACUCUUCUUUCACAAAAUUUCAUUUCCAUCAAGAGAACAUAAUGAAUCGAAUCGUUCCGGCUAAUAUGUAUCGGCACCGGCUGAUAUGUAUCGGCAGAGAGUUUGGCAACUCCCCAAAUCCUGAUUCCUGUCAACAGAGCUUCACUUUAAUUUUUACAUCACCUUGGGGUUGCUGUUUGUUUGCAAGACUUUACUGCUGAUGAGUGCAGGUUGUUUUCUAUUAUAAAAUAUGCAAUGGGUGAUUUUGUAGGAUGUUAUUGGUUUGCUGAAAUAGGAGCAAUUGUUAAAAAAUGUGGAAUCCACAGAAAGCGGUGUCAUUAUUGUAACGGUUUGCUUUAUUGCUGCCAUGAGAAUUUCUGAAACAUGAGCCAUAACAUUUGGCAUUGGCAUUUGACUAAAUAUCCUACAAAUUUGAAAUUUGAAAUUUGAAAUUUACAUU